GUGACAGUCCAAGAUGGCGACGCCCAGGGAGCUGGACGAAGAGUCGGCGGUUUACCUGGUGGUGAGUGGGAUCCCGGCUGUGUUACGCUCGGCUCAGCUACGGAGCUACUUUAGCCAAUUCCGAGAACAGCGCGGCGGAGGUUUUCUGUGUUUCCACUACCGGCAUCGGCCCGAGAGGGGCCCUCCGCAGGCGAGUCCGGACGCCGCCGGAGCUGCCCCGGACCCUGCUGCUGAGGAUGCCGCCCAGCCUACAGCCUCCGAUGCCCGCGCUGUCCCCGCCCGGGGCUCUGCUGCGGUCCAGACCCGAACCUGCUGCUGCAUCGUCUCGGUGAGGGGAGUGGCGCAAGCUCAGCGACUGCUUCGCAUGUACUCGGGUCGCCGGUGGCUGGACUCUCAGGGGACCUGGCUUCCUGGCCGUUGUCUCAUCCGCAGGCUUAGGCUACCCACUGAGGCUUCAGAUCUGGGGUCCUUUCCCUUUAAGACCCGGAAGGAGCUACAGAGUCGAAGGGUGGAGAAUGAAGCUUUUACCCUGGCUGACCUGAGGCAGCUCCCAGAGCUAAAUCCACCAGUGCUGAUGCCCAAUGGCAAUGUGGGCACGCCCCUGCGGGUCUUUUUAGAGUUGAUCCGGUCCUGCCGUCUACCACCUCGAAUCAUUACCCAGCUCCAGCUCCAGUUCCCCAAGACAGGCUCCUCCCGGCGCUAUGGCAAUGUGCCCUUUCUGUAUGAGGACUCAGAGACUGUGGAGCAAGAAGAGCAUGUGUACACAGCAGACGGGGAGGAGAUCCCCCAGGGAGCCUGCGUGGAAGAUCCAGCAGCAAGCUCCACGGAUGAGCCUGAGGAUGAAGGGCAAGAGGAAGAGGAGUCUGGCUCGGAAGAUGACGAUGACCGGGGUGAGGAGUGGGAGCGACAUGAAGCACUGCACGAGGAUGUGACCAGGCAGGAGCGGACUACUGAGCGGCUCUUCGAGGAGGAGAUUGAGCUCAAGUGGGAGAAGGGUGGCUCUGGCCUCGUCUUCUACACGGAUGCUCAGUUCUGGCAGGAGGAAGAAGGAGAUUUUGAUGAGCAGACAGCUGACGACUGGGACGUGGACAUGAGCGUUUACUAUGACAAAGAUGGUGGAGACAAGGAUGCCCGGGACUCUGUCCAAAUGCGCCUGGAACGGAGACUCCGUGAAGGUCAGGAAGAUGGCUCUGUGAUAGGACGCCAAGUCGGCACCUUUGAGCGCCACACCAAGGGCAUUGGCCGGAAGGUGAUGGAGCGCCAGGGCUGGGCUGAAGGCCAGGGCCUAGGUAGUAGGUGCUCCGGGGUGCCUGAGGCCCUGGAUGGGGAUGGCCAGCACCCUAGAUGCAAGCGUGGAUUGGGAUACCAUGGAGAGAAGUUACAGCCAUUUGAGCAACCGAAGAGGCCCCGUGGAACCGGCUUGGGGCUCAUUUCCACAAUCUAUGAUGAGCCUCUGCCCCAAGACCAGAGGGAGUCCUUGCUCCGGCGCCAGCCACCCACCAGCAUGAAGUUUCGGACAGAUAUGACUUUUGUGAGAGGUUCUAGCUGUGCCUUGGACAGACCUUCAGAGCCUGAGUGAGGCUAAGUCCUUGGUCAGGAUGACUCAGCUGCAAGGACAUAGCCCUCUACCCGGGUCUUGCCAAGUGGACCUGAAGCAGCCAAGAGCUUGGGAGUAGCCCUUUAGGCAGCAGGCUCAUAUGUGCAGACCUGAGCGUGCCCACUGUUUCUCUACCUCAAAGAUGAUUUCACAAAAAGCCCCUCCGGCUCCUGGGGUGUUUGUGCCUAAAGACCUUUCUUUGGUCUCUGAA